AUGAAGUUAAGUUGCAAUGGUUGUCGCAUACUCCGCAAAGGUUGCAGUGAAAAUUGCAUCAUCAGAUCUUGCCUUGAGUGGAUAAACUCUCCCGAGUCCCAAGCCAAUGCCACCCUGUUCCUUGCAAAAUUCUAUGGUCGUACUGGCUUUCUCAGCCUCAUCACUGCAGCCCCUCAACACCUUCGUCCAGUUGUGUUCAGGUCACUGUUAUAUGAGGCAUGUGGGAGACUAGUGAAUCCGACUUAUGGGUCAUUAGGUUUGUUCUGGACUGGGGAAUGGGCCCAGUGUGAAGCCGCAGUUGAAGCUGUGUUGACUGGGUCAAAAAUAAACAAUCUAACGUUUUCUCCUUCGAAAACCUCAGAGACACUUGCUAGCAAUCGUAGUUUCUCAACAUUUGAUAUGCAGAAGGAAACUAAUGUGGAAGCCAUAAAUGCUACUGAGUUCAAGAGAGUCCAUGAAACCAAGUUGGAGUUGGAACUGCUUUCGUUGCCAAUCAACAUAUGGCAAUGA